UUUUCAUAAUAAGCGAAUGCUCAAAAAUAAUUCACUUAAAGAAAAAACAUGCUUUUUCAAAGAAAAUAGUGAGCGGCUCAUCCAAUUAGUUGUUGGUGACAUUGUUGAAAAGGAAACUACUUUACUUAUUCACUAUGGAAUGUCAAAACCCUUUUUAACGUCGUUGCUGAAUUAUUUAGUUCCUAAACUUUUCCAGGAAACUGCAAAGGAGUUUUCCAGUUCUACUUUAGAAAUUGAGGAACUGAAAAAGGUUCAAAGAAAAAAUGAUCUUGAACAAAAAUUUUCACAACUUUUAGAUUCUGCCUUUCUAUUUACGGAGUCCUUCAAAAUCUUGCCAAAACCCAGAAAACUGGAAAAAUAUUUUAUGGCAACUCUGACUGGCCAGUUAACUUUACUUUUAAAAGGGUACAGCCUUAUGAAUUUCGAUUGGUGUCCCUCCGAGUCGGAAGAAAAAAAUAAAUCUUCAGAAGAUUUGGAAACAGUUUUAAGUAAAUUUCCUGAUCAUGAGGGGCUUCUUGCCUUAAACGAAUUGGAAAACUCUACUAAAAAUAAUAAGAAAGACUGCCGGCCUCAUACUUUUUUAAGCAAACUAAUCACUACUGCCAAACUAAAUGGAUUAUUUUAUCGAAAACGCGAUAAAAGAAAAGAAAAACAAUUAAAAAUUGCAUUGGCCUCCUCUUUACGCUUCCAAUUGCACAGAACAGAAGACUAUGCUUCGGCUUUCCACAUAAUUGUUUUAUUACUUUUCUAUGAAAAAACUGGAUGUCUGCUACAUUCAGACGGAAAAUGUGUACCGAGCAUUAUAGAGAACAUCCAUGAAUUAUCCAUAUUAGCAGAGGAAACGGUUGCCGAUCUACAAUCUCUUCAGGAUUCCAUAGUAAAGAUGACGGCAUUUGACGCCGAAGAACCUAAAAAAGAAGUUCUUUGCUCGUUUGUUCAGAAUAGACUUGAAGAUUUAAAAAAAGAGCUUCGAAUACAUACUGAGUGGUGCGAUAAAAAUAAUGGACGGGAGUAA